AUGGAGAACGAUAUUCAGGAUCGUGGGGUGUUCGAACUCGACGUUGAAUCUUGUCGAACCCAGAUCUUGAAUCUUGUCGAAUUCAGAUCCUCGCCAAACGGAUAUACUGAAGCUGUUGGCGUCCGGUCGCGUCUUCUCUUCCUUUUCGUCGUCUUUUUCCCUCUUUCGUCGUCCUUCUCUUCCUUUUCGUCGUCUUUUCCUUCUCUUCCUUUUUGUCGUCUUUUUAUUCGUCGUCGUUGUUACUAUUCUACACUGAUUCGUUCAACUGUAUAUUUCUACUCACAAAGCACCGCCCACCUGCUCUCUGUGAGCUUCAAUGACGUCACCGUCCUCCAAGUCCAAAUCUUCCGGAGUGUUGUCUGGCGACACACGGGUGCCGUCAAUCAAGAAUCUCAAAGAUUCCAUCGACUUCCCCUGUCUCUUGCAAAAGGCCUCCAUCAAUCUCUUCAUGGGCGUUGUUUUUUUGAUUUUGAAAAAAAUCUCGGCGGUGCCAUCGCUGACUUUCAAGUUGAUGUGCGUAUUGUCGGGCUUUUCUUCCUUUGGUUGUUCGGACAUUGGUAUGGAGUGAAGUUUCGUGAGGUUGUUUUGGCGUGGGCUUUUGUUUAUCUCUGUAUGCAGGCUGCUGGUUGGACAACUUUUGCUUGA